AUGCAUGAUUUUUGUCACGCCCAGUAUACCAUCUCUACGCAAAAUACCCACCCUGUUGUGCCUAAAACCACAUAUCACCACAGCACCAGGCUGUUGUGUAAACACAGUGCCCUGGGCCAGUUUGUAAUGCUAGUGGCAGGCUAUACUGUCACACUGAGGCAGGAGCAAUUUCCCCAUUCUCCUUUCCAUACUGAUUUGCCAAGUAAGACGACUGAUAGAAUCAGCUCGCAGCUAGGACUAUUCAAUCUGUUUCAGUUUGCUGCAGCUGGAAGAGUUCAACCCAGGAGGAUGCUCUCAAUAAAAAUAAAACUGUUCAGCUUGGUGUUAGAAUGGUUUAUUUAA